AUGAGCAGGGCUAUCAUUGAAGAGUAUAUUCAAGAGGUGGAAAAGUUGGCCUAUAGGUUGCUUGAACUCGUUUGGAGCAAUGAUGCAUAUGAGAGUGUGGAACAAGGAGUAAUGGUUAACUCUACAAGAGAAAGGUUUUCAAUUCCCUUCUUUUUCUUCCCUGCGCAUUACACUGAAGUCAAGCCUUUGGAGGAGCUGACAAAUGAGGAAAAUCCUCCAAAGUAUAGACCUUACAACUGGGGGAAGUUUCUUGUGAACAGAAAGGGUAGCAAUUUUGCGAAGAAAAAAGUGGAGAACGUUCAAAUUUAUAAUUAUAAGAUAACUUAA